UACGAGUCGUAUGAGCCUCAGGUGGCUGGUAAAUUGUAAAUACACAUGUACCAUUCCCCGACUAGAAAUUACCAAUUAGUUAUUGUUAUUCCCCUGUGACUGCCUGUAGCAUGUAACGCCGGUCCUGUGUAGUUCCCUGUCUCGUACGAAUUAUAGUCUUGGCAGUUCGACAGUCUAGAGUGGUUUCGGAUCUUUACUUAGAAUUCAAUCAAAGUGCAUUUGGUGAAUAUCGCCAGGUUCUUUCUUCUCCUAUUUGUUCCGUAGUACUAGUUUUGCAGCAGCAGUGAUAUUGCUGUGUAAGGAUGACCCAUGUCAUUGCUUAUUCUCAGAUAUGAUGAAUACGCGAAGGCCCCAACGCUGGCUGCUUAUCGGUAUACCAUUUGUUCUGGUCACCAUAAUUCUGUAUUUUCAACUGGAAUCGCAUUCGAAUUCUUCUACCAACAACCGCAAUGGACUGGAUAUUGGCAAUGUCCUGGAGAGAGAACGGCGUACGUGGCAGAGUAACCUGCACUCACUACGUGAGGAGCUCAGACAAAUGCAAGCCAAGCAGAUAGAACUACUAGCUCUUGUCAAUGACAAUGCACGUCAAGCUGAGCUUGUGCGGAAAGCUGCGGCUGAGAAUCCAAAGCAGCCAGUUUUCAAUGAGCCUAUGAUCGAACAACAGCCCACAGUCGCCCAGCCUGCACCUGUAGUACAUGAUGUUGUGAGGACAGCUGGCAAGAACACAGUCAUUGCCGUGCUCGUAAUGGGCUGUAAUCGGCCGGAUGCCCUCAAACGCUCGCUUACACAGAUCUUCAAGCGUAGGCCCUCUGCUGAACAAUUUCCGGUGGUUGUCAGUCUGGACUGUGGUCAUUCUGGUGCUGAACAAGCUGUGGCAGAGUUUGGAAAUUCGGUCUCGAAGCUCAUCAAGCAACCCGAUUUGGCACCGCCUGAUCUUGGCAACAUAUCUCCUAGCAAGCGGCGCAUGUUUGAGGGUUACACCAAGAUAUCUCGCCACUACAAGUUUGCGUUGACAGAAGUGUUUGAAAAGAUGAAGUAUGAGACUGUGGUCAUUGUGGAAGAUGAUCUUGACAUCUCGGAAGACUUCUUCGACUACAUGGCGGCUGGUGAACGACUCAUGGCCCAGGAUAAGAGUCUGUGGUGUGUGUCGGCAUGGAAUGACAAUGGCAAGGCUGGCUUCAUUGACACUGACCAUCCCGAGCUGCUCCAUCGCACGGACUUCUUUCCCGGACUUGGCUGGAUGCUAAAGCGUGCAGUGUGGGAUGAGCUGUCACCGAAGUGGCCCAAGGCCUUCUGGGACGACUGGAUGAGAAAUCCCGCGCAGCGCAAGGAUCGCGCGUGCCUGAGCCCGGAGAUAUCACGUACCUACACGUUUGGUCUGGUCGGCGUCAGUCAGGGUCAGUACUGGAAACAACACUUGCAAUAUAUUCAGAUCAACAACAAACCAGUGAAGUUCAACCAACUCAACCUGGACUACCUACUGAAGACACAGUAUGAUGAAGCCUUCGACAAGGCUGUGUACGGAUCACCGGAGGUUGCCUUCAGUGGUAUACCUCUGAACGGGGCCAAGUCUGUUCGCGUCUUGUACGCCAAUAACAUUGACUUCAAGAUGAAGGCCAAGAAGCUGGGCAUCAUGGAUGAUCUUCGCGCCGGUGUUCCACGCAUGGCCUACAAGGGAGUUGUUUCGUUCCUGUCCAGCGGCCAACGUGUAUACUUGGCACCGUCCAAGCCGUGGGUUGGCUAUGUAGAUAAGUAGUCCAAGCCGUGGGUUGGCUAUGUAAAUAAGUAGUCCAAGCCGCAGUCAGUUUAGCAUGUGAUCUCACAGUGAACACAGUGAAGGGAGGGUGCUGUGGCAUGACAUGGCUGACAGCAUCAUGACCCAGCACCCAGCUGGAAUGGGUUGUUGGUAUGUCAUUGCUUGUCUUGUGUGAUGAUGAUGAUCCGUACCAUGCUAUACCGUCGGAGGAGAGGAUAGCAUUAGCCGCAACAGCAGCAGCUGUGAGCAGUCCUGUUUUUAGUGCUCCGAUGUGCUGCCAGCGGCGCUGUCUCCUGGCGAUCCCGUGGCAAGGGCUGUGUGUGUGUGUGUGUACAUGUGUGUGUACGUGUGUGUGUGUGUGUGUAAGUGUGUGUGUGUGGUAUACAGUGUGUACGUGUGUACAUGUAUGCCGACAUGGCAUCAACAGCACACCAGUACACACUCGGUGACAACAGCAGUUGCAACAGCAGCACCAGUAGCAGAACACUACGAGCGCUCUAGUGUUCUUAUGCAGCUACUGACAGCUUUCGUGUUCCAUAUCGAUUAAAGACAACAUUGUAAACAGUCUCUUGUCCGAAAUCACAUGUACACCUACCAAUUGCAAUUGCCUUGAUUCUUCUCGCAAGUUCCACUUUUGCCAUAGUUGUACAUGUCUAGCUUUUAUUGCACCUUCUUUGUAGAAAGGCGCUGCCCCACUCUCAUUUUCUUGCACAUACUUUAAUUUAAUUUCCUGAGUACCCAAUAAGGACUGGUACGGCGGCAUCAGUGCAACAUACGGUUUUCUUCAACAUGUGCAUAGGACUGUGUUAUUUUUCUUAAUGCAAGUACAUGAUGUUGUGUAGCGUAGCUUUAGGGCCCUCUGAGGGAGGGCAGGAAAUGCUGGGUACGUCCCACGACUUCCUUUGUUGCAUGUACGCUGGACUGAAUUUCGCUACAAUAUAUUUGCUUUGGAGCAUUUAUUUUAUCCUCAAAUUA